GAAUGGGCUAGAGACCCAUUAAACCUAGGAAUUUUUUUUAUGUCAAAUUAUGAAUCCCUCUCUCUCUGCAAAACCCAAAGACUAGAAAAAGCAGAACGCAACAGUGAAAUCGAGCGAAAAUGGCGUCUUCAUCAAGCAGUGGGCUCACAUUCAAGCUCCAUCCGCUGGUAAUUGUUAACAUAUCGGAUCACUACACGAGAGUGAAAUCUCAGACUCAACCUCCUCAUCUUAGUAGCAAUGGAGGCGAGGGAGCUGCAGCGGCCGCAUCGCCUCCGCCUCCUCCACCCAGGGUCUUCGGUUGCGUGAUUGGGGUCCAGAGAGGACGCACUGUUGAGAUCUUUAACAGUUUUGAACUUCUGUAUGAUCCAUCUACUCAUUCUCUCGACAGAUCCUUCCUUGAGAAGAAGCAAGAGCUCUAUAAGAAGGUCUUUCCGAACUUUUAUAUACUUGGAUGGUACUCCACCGGAAGUGAUGCCCAAGAAUCAGAUAUGCAUAUUCAUAAAGCUUUGAUGGAUAUUAAUGAAAGCCCUGUCUAUGUUCUUCUCAAUCCGUCAAUCAAUCAUGCACAAAAGGAUCUCCCUGUGACUAUCUAUGAAAGUGAGCUGCAUGUCAUAGAUGGGAUUCCACAGCUUAUUUUUGUUCGUGCAAACUAUACUAUUGAGACGGUAGAAGCAGAAAGGAUCUCAGUUGAUCAUGUUGCUCAUCUUAAACCAUCUGAUGGAGGUUCUGCUGCAACUCAAUUGGCUGCCCACCUCACGGGGAUACAUAGUGCCAUCAAGAUGCUAAAUAGCAGAAUCCGUGUUCUUCAUCAUUAUCUGCUUGCUAUGCAAAAAGGGGAUAUUCCUUGUGAAAAUUCACUGCUGAGACAAGUAUCAAGUCUUUUACGGAGAUUGCCAGCCAUUGAAUCAGGGAAGUUUCAAGAUGAUUUUUUGAUGGAAUACAAUGAUACAUUAUUGAUUAGUUACCUUGCCAUGUUCACCAACUGCUCAAGUACAAUGAAUGAGCUGGUCGACAAAUUCAACACAGCAUAUGACAGGCACAGUCGAAGGGGUGGACGAACUGCUUUUAUCUGAAAGUAAGUGCUUUUUAUCUGAAAACUGCUUACUUUUUAGCUGGCAGUAGCGCUUGCCGGAGAACACUGUGGUGGCAUCAACUCUUCUUUUUUGUGUGCAUAGCACAUAGGAAUUUAGGAAUUAUAUGAUCUGGAGCUGAAUAACUGAGAAAAAAAAAAAAAUAGAAAUCUAAAGUCCUUUAUUUUUUUCCCCUUUAAUGGUUUGUGUUUGGCAUAUUCCCCUUUCAUAUUAUUCAAAAAUUUCUUGUAGAGGAAAGAUAAGAUUUAAACGGUCAUGCUCUACAAGCUACUAGCA